AUGGCGGGAGACGAAGGCAUCCCACUGAACAGAAUAGGACAAAAUAACGAAGAGCAGCAAACUAGGCGUGAGGAUCCAUUCGAGGGUCCUACAUCGUCGAUAGACGUGAACAGCCUAUCAGGUUUAAUUACGAUCCUAACGGUCAAUUUUCACCAGUUGGAAACGCUUAUCAACGUCGGACCGGAUCUGGGCUAUAAAUUUUAUUUGAAUAUUGUUUUCGUGAGCGUUUCGAUUUGUUUUGCGUGUGCACUAAUCUUCCUCAAACACCUUCCACCGAAAACAGGAGAGCGUAGCAAUUGUUUCGGCUCAUACAGAGAUUGGGUGAUUGGGGUGUUAAUCUUUUUCGUAUUCUUGUCGAAUCUGGCACUGCAGAUUACUACCGAUCUGAAGGGCCAGUGCACAGUUCUUAUGAAUCAGCCACUUCCGCCUAUUUAA